AUGGCAGAGCGGCAACAACAGAAACACGAAGGCAGGGUAAAGAUCGGCCAUUACAUCCUCGGCGACACGCUCGGAGUGGGGACCUUCGGGAAAGUGAAGAUUGGCGAGCAUCAGUUGACGGGCCACAAAGUGGCAGUAAAGAUCCUGAACAGGCAGAAGAUCCGCAGUCUUGAUGUCGUGGGGAAGAUCAAGCGAGAGAUCCAGAAUCUCAAGCUGUUCAGACACCCCCAUAUCAUCAAACUGUACCAGGUGAUCAGCACACCCACAGACUUCUUCAUGGUCAUGGAGUAUGUGUCAGGAGGUGAACUGUUUGACUAUAUCUGCAAAAAUGGACGGGUGGAGGAUACAGAAGCUCGACGCCUUUUCCAGCAGAUAAUCUCAGCCGUGGACUACUGUCACAGACACAUGGUGGUCCACAGAGAUCUCAAACCUGAGAAUGUCCUGCUGGACGCCAGCAAAAAUGCCAAGAUUGCUGACUUUGGGCUCUCCAACAUGAUGUCAGAUGGAGAAUUCCUCCGGACAAGCUGUGGCUCACCCAACUACGCUGCUCCAGAGGUCAUCUCGGGAAGGCUGUACGCCGGCCCAGAGGUUGACAUCUGGAGCUGUGGGGUGAUCCUCUACGCACUGCUGUGCGGCACUCUGCCUUUUGAUGAUGAGCAUGUCCCCACGCUGUUCAAGAAGAUCAGAGGAGGUGUUUUCUACAUCCCAGAGUACCUGACGCGCUCUGUGGCCUCGCUGCUAAUGCUCAUGCUCCGGGUGGAUCCCCUGAAGAGAGCCACCAUCAAAGACAUCAGGGAACAUGAGUGGUUCAAGCAGGACCUGCCAGGAUACCUGUUCCCAGAGGACCCUUCAUACGACGCCACCGUCCUGGAUGAAGAAGCUGUUCGAGAAGUCUGUGAAAAGUUUGAAUGCACUGAGUCUGAGGUUAUGUCCAGCCUCUACAGUGGAGAUCCACAGGAUCAGUUAGCGGUAGCUUAUCACCUCAUCAUUGAUAACCGGCGCAUCAUGACCCAGGCCAGCGAGUUCUACUUGGCAUCCAGUCCUCCACAGGGCUCCUUCAUAGAGGAGGGCAUGCCUCUGCCCCCCGGAGUCAAGCCUCACCCGGAGAGGAUGCCUCCACUGUUGGCGGACAGCCCCAAGUCUCGUUGUCCUCUGGAUGCCCUCAACACCACCCGGCCUAAACCCCUGGCAGUGAAGAAAGCAAAGUGGCACCUGGGCAUCAGGAGUCAGAGCAGACCGUACGAUAUCAUGGCUGAGGUGUACAGAGCCAUGAAACAGCUCAGCUUUGAAUGGAAGGUUGUGAACCCGUACCAUCUGAGGGUGCGUAGAAAGAAUCCAGUGACGGGCAACUUGGUGAAAAUGAGCCUGCAGCUCUACCAAGUGGACAACAGAUCCUACCUCCUUGACUUCAAGAGCAUUGAUGAUGAUAUCAUGGAAGCUGUGGGCUUCAAAUCGGGGUCGUCCACUCCUCAGAGGUCGGGCUCCACAGCCGGCCUCCACAGACCCAGACUGAGCAUUGAUUCGGCCAGCCCCGCGAUCGAUCUGCCUCAGCUGAGCUCCUCUCUCCCGGGCUCCCUGUCGGGCAGCUCCCCGCAGCUUGCCCCACGUCAGGGAUCACACACCAUGGACUUCUUUGAAAUGUGUGCCAGUCUGAUCACCACUCUGGCCCGCUGAGACCUGCUGGCUCCUGACCUCUGGGUACGCUGGAUGUCAGUGGAAGGGGCUUGAGUUUUACUGCAGAUGUUGGAACGUAGGGCAUGUAGAUGUUUGGAGUGACCUCCUCUUUCCGUCUCCUCUCCAUCUGUUCCAGAUGCUUCUCACUGGAAUCAGUGAGUGUUAACAGCACCACUGCACGGUGUUCAGAUGAAGGAGA